AUGAGCCUUUCGGCAUCGUUUGCGGCGGACUCCGCAUGGCCGCUAUGGGACACCGAACCUGUCGAGGGGGCAUUCGAACUCAAUCUUCCACAAGGGACCAUCGAUCAAGGAGUCGUCAGAGCAGUCUCAAGACCAUGGGUGUUUGGCUAUAAACCGACAACGAAGCCCAACGGGCGCGCGGUGCUCAUUCUGGGCGGCGGCGGUUACAUUGAGCUCAUGGUUGGCCGCGAAGGUGUCGCCGUCGCACGCUGGCUCGCUUCCCUUGGCUUCGAGGCCUUCGUACUUGUGCACCGAUUCCCGACAGCCGAAACAGGACCUCAAGCUCCAGUCGACGAUGCCAGACAGGCGUUGCGUUUGAUCGAAGAAAAGAAGGCGGCGCCGGCGGGUUUGGCAGUAUGCGGCCUGUCCUCUGGCGGACACCUUGCGUCCGCGUUGCUAGCCGAGUACCCGGCAUCGUGGGCGUCUUCUUCCGGGGCACCGGUACCGAAGCCGGAGUUUGCCAUUAUCGGAUACGGACCUAUCUCUACCAAUGCUAAGGGGCACACCAUCGUUCCCAACAAGGCGCCUCUCGACCCGCCGGCGAAACAGGAGCUUUACGAUGUCGUCAUCCCCGAUCAGCAGAUUUUGCGCCCGGCGCCGCCGACUUUCAUCGUGUAUUCUGCCAGCGAUCCCGUGGUGCCUGUAGUAAACGCAUACCGGCUUGCGCAGGGGUUGCAAGCAGCGGAUGGAUCUGUCGAGCUCCACGUUUUUGCUGACGCGCCCCACGGCUUUGCUUUGGACACUGAAGGAUUGCCGGUUUCGAAAUGGCCGUCUCUGGCUGAGGCGUGGUUACGGCAGAAAGGAUAUCUGGCAUAA